CGUCGUUGUCCCCUUCAUCGCCCGACCCCGUCGACAAUCAGAUCCAUUUGCUCUCUUCCCUUCGCUGGCGCUCUCCUCUCGUCGAUGCAGCCAGGCAGCCAAGCUGGAUCCCUCUCUCGAGUUCGCCCUUGCUUCUUCUAUCGAGUUAGAGUGAGCUUAAGUCAUUGUGAGGAGGGGGAGCUUGUGAUCUGCCUUGCGGAGUCACCUGUGCGACAUUGCACGGUGGUGGGAAAUCGACCCUGGGCUGGCAGCUUGAGAUGCUUUUGAUUCAAUUGGGGAGUUGUUUUUUUCUUUCGUUUGCUCCUCGUUAGUUCCUCGUCUUGAUGAGUGUGAGGGCAAUUUGGAGUUUUCUUUGCACGGGAAGCCCCGCAUUGAGCGACAGGAGAGCCCCGAGGGCUAUAAUUGAGAGGUUUUGUUGCAUGAGGCGGAGUGGUGGGGUUCAAUUAGUGUAAUUGAGCAUAGUGCCUCGCUUUUUGUUUUAUCUUCUGAUCGUGGCUAGGUAAAUUGGCGCUUUAGAGCCUCUGAGAGAAAUAGAGGUUGAAUUCUGCGUCGGAGAGUUUAGAUCUGGUUGUUUAGUGGCACUGCGCGGAUCUUGCGGCGGUACUUAUCACCACUGUGGGGGUGAGAUCUAGUCUUGCUCGCGGGUGAUUAGCUGUGUGGGGGCUGUGUGCGAUCCAAUUUGGACUCAAUCGAUUAAUCCUAGCUGGUAGAGUUGGAGCUAUCGACGAUCCUUGACGCUUUCGAGACGAGUGCUGCUGGACUGCUUUGAUAUCGUAUUGAAGCCUAAAUUUCUAGUGGAGCAUUGUGCAUUUGCAUCUUGUUCCUGCAUUUCCACAACGUGCGGAUUGAGUCUUGUGGCCUGGAAGCUGGCUUCGUGCGUGAAGUGUUCACUACUGUAGAGGGUUUCGAAAAGUACCUUCCAAUUGAUUCUAGGCGGUGCGAUUACAGCCGUAUGGCGUCAGUGUUGGCCCUUACAGUUGAAUGGAAGAAUUGAUGUUCUGCAACUAGUAGGCAGACACGAGCUCUCUGGUGUUUCGAAUCUCAAUAGCAGAGAUUUGUGCCUUAAUUCGGAGAUGUGACUAUGAAAGAGAACAAUUGAGCGAGCGUCUUGACGUUUAGAGUUUCUACCGACAUUUCCGGGAAACCAACGUUGUUCAGAAUUCAGUGCUGUUGAAGGUGUUCAGAAAUUUUGUGCCGAUUUUGUCAGUUCUCAUCAGCUAACGGAAGUUGCACAUUGGAACCCAUGAUUGUAGUGCGUCGUUGGCAGCGGAGGGGCCCCUUGUGAGACAUGUAGUGCAAUUUACAGUGUAGUGCGAGAAUUUAUGUAUGCAGCUUGGCUGUCGAUAAUACCGUUGGCCUUGCUGAAGAACCUCAUGUGAACAGCUAGCAUCUAUGACUCUCCUAGCACAUACAGUUUAGAAGUUGAAUCGAGAUCAGUGAGACGUAGAGGAGCAACAUUCGCAGGCUGUGCGCAGUGUGGGGCUCGAACUCUAUCUUGCAGUCAUGGUGGGUUAUGACUUGUCGGUACUGCCUCAGAAACCAGCUUGGUUGGAGUCUCUGUUGGCUGAAAAGUUCUUUGUGUCGUGCGCAAAGCAUGGGGCGUUGAAGAAGAACGAGCGAAACGUUUUCUGCGUGGACUGCAAUGCUGGUGUGUGUCAACAUUGCGUCCCUGCUCACCAGAACCACUGCAUCCUUCAGAUUCGUCGAUACGUGUAUCACGACGUGAUCCGUCUGCAAGACAUCCAGCGUCUUCUGGACUGUGCAACGGUUCAGACUUACAUCAUCAACAGCGCGCGUGUGGUGUUUCUAAACCAGAGGCCGCAACCGCGUCCGUCGAAGGGGUUAGGAAACGCUUGCGGGACCUGCGACAGGAGUCUCCAAGACUCGUAUGCCUACUGCUCUGUGGCAUGCAAAGUGGACGCAGUUAUCAGCAAUGGGAAGGACCUCUCCAGCCUCUUGCCAGAGAGCGGCAACAUGCCGUAUUCGUUCUUCACGUGUUCCCCGACUCGGAGCUUGAAAGGUGGGAAACACGAGUUGGAGGAUGAGGUACUGACGGAUUCGCCAUUCGAUAUGUCGCCGACACAUACUUCGUCAGCUUCGACAGGCAGCGAAGGGGCGGGGUUCUGCGGUGUUGCCUCGACGGCUUCGACUCAAUUGCUGCCCAAGAAAGUCCGGAGCGGACGUAUUUCGGCGAUAGCGACGUCGCCGAAGUCUGUAAUAUUUCCGGUGUCUGUGAAGAGAAGGAAAGGGACCCCUCACAGAUCUCCAUUUUGUUAGGCACGUGCUCCAAGUAGAGAGCCAUGUUGCGUAAUUCAUCCUCCAUCCCACAUAUUUUUUGGUAUCUCGCUCAGUCGGUUACCCAGUAGUUGUUAUUGGCCUCCCUUGUACGGGAGGUUUCAUCGACAAAGCUGCAGGUCGUUUCUUACGACUGAUCGGAACAGCAGAAGCGGCUGGUUCUCCCAGUCCGGUCGAGAGUUAUUCCUACAGUUACAGAGGUUGGAAGGAGCGGUUUGAUUGAUUCUUGUAUGUCUGCUAGCUCGACGAUAUACUUUAAGAGUUUGCGAAGUUUUUUGCUACACACGGCGGGCCGAGGCGAUUGGAAGCCUCGACAGCCCAACUCAGGCUGAUUUCUAUGGACAAUGAUCCUAGUAGAGUUUCGGCUGUAGUUCUUGAUUCUUCCGUCUGCGGUAGGCACACACUAGGUAGGGAGUCUCUGUUGGGACCGGAUCGGAAUGAGGAGCCGAGGGUUGGCUUUGGGACUUGGGUAGAGAAGCGUUCCAAUCCGAGAAGAGAGGGCUAACUGUCCCGCGGGUUGAGACAUAGUUGGUGGCCCGCAAUUACAGACAAUUUACAGAGAUCCUCAUUUACUAAGUAGUGUCAAGCAGAUCUUGCUUGUUGUAGUUCUAUUUAUUGUGAUAAUCUGAAUGUGCUUUCUAGCAGACACGCUAAUGGGCCUUGCUUAGCUUUAACUUAAA